UAUGAUCCAGAUUACGACGUUCGUGCUUCUAAGAAAAAGAAACGCGAUCCCCCCGUAUUACCGCAAUGGCUAGAACUCGGCCUCGUCAUGGGUCGUCGCUAUGUCAACUCGAUAUUCGACAAAAUACCCACAUAUGACGAAAAAGGCAACGUAGGCGCUCACUUUAAAUCUCUUGCGCCCAAGCCCGGCCUUAUUCGCCAGUUCUUGGUUGACCACGAUUAUGUGGUCACGCCCACUGAUAAGAACUUGGGACUAGCGGUGUCCGAGAGAACCUGGCUCAUUGAUGCAACCCAUAAGACGCUCGCGUCGCCGAAAGACUACCGUCAGAUCAGCGAUGUUGACGCGCAGGUAAUUAUGGACCGCAAACACGCACUUAUAGUUCAAGUAGCGGAACUCGCCGAGGGAGUUCCUGAACUAGCGGACUUCGGCGUGGGUAAGUUUCUAAAAAGCAAACUCACGUCGCCCGGUGACCCGCACGUAUACCCGGAUUUUUAUGUAAUCCCUAAAAUUCAUAAGAAACCCACGGGGUACCGCCCCAUCGUGCCAUGUCACUCAGCCCUUAUGAAUCCGUGUGCUAAGUUUGUAUCAAAACACCUCAAACCGAUUAUUCAGUCGGCGCCAACCGUUAUACACGGUUCUAAAGAUUUGGCGAUAAAAUUGAGUAAGCUGUCUUUUCGACCCAAUCGCCGGUGGUAUUUUGUCGCCGGUGACGUCGUCGCUUUCUAUCCGAAUGUUCCUCUGGAACCAUGUCUCAAUAUAGUCUUUGACAUGUGGUGCAACCAUUAUCUGGCGUCUUCGCCCAUAACACCGGAAGAUAUCGACUCUGACGAGCCCGACGACGAAACACGUCAUUUCCUUCGCUAUCGGAGGGUGUUUCGCGACGCGCUUGGAAUCGGAAAUACAGAUUUAAUUUCACAAUUCGAUGGUAAAAAAUACCUCCAACUCCGCGGCCUUGCUAUGGGCGUAGCGGAUUCUCCAGAUUUAGCGAACCUUUACGGUUUAUAUUUCGAGAUGAAAAAUGGUAUUCUCCACGACGACCGCGUAGUUUUCUACGGUCGGUACAUCGACGAUUGUUUAGGAAUAGUAUACGCCGACAGUGAAUUGGAGGCUAUUUCGAUUGUAAACAAUAAAAUCUCGUUCGAUGGUUGUGAAAUAGUAUGGGAAGCUUCUUGCCGUUCGGUGAACUUUUUAGAUAUGACAUUGUAUGCGGACGACCACGGUCGUCUACAACAUAAGCCGUACCGCAAGGAACAUAACCAUAUGGAAAGAAUUCCAUGGAUUUCUCACCACCCGUACGAUGUUAAACGUGGUACGUUCUCUGGAGAGAUGUCUAGGUUAGCCACACUAAGUAGCACUUUACCGAGCUAUAUUGGAGCUGUGCGGGAACUUGUAAGCCUGUACAUUAAACGUGGUUACCCCUAUGAUGAAGUUAUCAAGUGGUUGAGAACGUACAUCGAAGAACGAUGGACAAAGCGGUUAACAGAGAAACCCGCAACGGACGCGAACGAAGGCGUUCUUGUUCUUAAAUCCGAAUUUAACACCGCAUGGAAUUAUUUCAACGCUAAAGAACUUGGAGACGUGAUCUUCAACUAUUGGAACGAGUGGUACGAACGUGCCGCUCGUUGGGAUUUCGACGUGAGCGACAGAUCGCGUCCGUUUCCACCCCCGCGUGAAGGGGACCGGGGCACUCUAACCUCGCCGGCGUCGGCCGCAUUUCUGAUGCGCGUCGACCCGCCGGGGCGUGAGUUGUUCUUCGUUCCCGACAUACGUCCACUAAAAAUCGUUGAUCGUCGAGUGAUUGUAUCCCGCAAACGCGGACGCAACAUGUUCGACCUCACAAAUCUUUGGAAAAAGACCGUUCUCCAGCAGUUAGACGAACAGGUCCUCCGCGAACGUGAUCCUGAGCCGCCUGCGCCUCCUCCGGGGGAACAGAUGACUCUCGAACACUACUUCGCCUUAGUAAGAGGACCUUUAUUCACCCGCAAUAAUGAACCUACCACGUCGUCGCGUAUCGAAUACGCGUUAGAACACGACAUGAAUAUUCACAUGCGGUCGUCUCCUGAUCGUGACAUACCCCUUUUCGGGUAG